GAUACUAUAUAAUGUGUGACGCUGCCCUGGCACCACCAAACAAGCAAGGUCUUCAAGGUUGUAGACCUCGCAAAAAAGCAUCAACUCCUGAAGGGGGACGGACAAGCAGACCGAGCUUCACCGCGACUGCCUUCGUGCGGCAGUCAAUUGACGAUGGCGUCCAGAUUGUGUCUCCUGAUGGCAGUUGCACUGUCUAGUUGGGUUGCGGUGCAAGCGACGGAUUACUGCAGGAUUACUCGCGAACAUACCAUGUGCAAGCAUCGUGGGCGAGGCCCUCGCUGUGGGCCUGAGGUCGGGCCCAGAGGAGUGAGUCCGGAAGAUAUCAACCUGAUUGUGGAAUUGCAUAACAAACUUCGGGCACAAGUGGCUCGCGGAGAGGAGGGUAGAGGAGCACCCGGGCCGCAGCCUCCUGGUGCCAACAUGAUGGCUUUGGAGUGGGACGAGGAACUGGCUGCUGUAGCUCAACGGCACGCCGAUCAGUGUGACUUCAACCACGAAUGUUCCGACUGUCGCCGUGUAGACAGGUUCAACGUGGGUCAGAAUCUCUAUCAGUACAGCCGAUCAGGAUAUAACGAUCAUGACCCUGACUGGCGCGCCGCCAUUUAUGGUUGGUAUGACGAAGUGGGUGACUUCCCAGCAGACGUCGUUGAUUCCUUCCGCGGGACCGGGGCGAUGACGGGCCACUACACGCAGGUGGUGUGGGCGAGUACGUCACGCAUCGGCUGCGGCCUCUCCACGUAUAGGGAAGGCAGCAUGAUAACGAAACUCUACACCUGUAACUACGGUCCUACAGGCAACUACAUUAGCAGCCCUAUGUAUGAAAAAGGUGAACCGUGCUCUUCCUGCCCCGAUGGUACCUCCUGCUCCAAGAUGUAUGACGGGCUUUGUGCCAAUAUGGAAGGCAGUGGCUCACGACUCCCUCGACCUCCACUUCCUCCUCCACCUCCACCUCCAGGCAGUGGAUCACGGUUUCCUCGACUUCCACUUCCUCCUUCACCUCCACCUCUAGGCAGUGGAUCAUGGUUUCCUCGACCUCCACUUCCUCCUCGUCCACCUCCUCCAAGCAGUGGCUUACGGUUUCCUCGACCUCCAUUUCCUCUUCCUCAAUUUCCUCAGUUUGAUCCGGAAUAUGAAUACUCCUAUAAUGAUUAUGACUAUGGGGCCAAGUGACCUGUGACCAGUUCGUUGCUUUCCUGUGAUGUCAUGCAUCGGCCAAGUCAAGUAACAUGGAGUCAUUCUCCUUGAUGUCUGAAUGCCAGCACCAUCCUGCCAUCCACAUUAGCACAAGAUAAUGCUGACACUGCCAUCAGUCACUUAAACACCAAAAAAUCACAUCUCCAUGCAAAAUGAUGUCAAAUAACAGGAAAAUAUCAACCUUUUCUUCUACAAUUAGGAGACACAGGAGUGUGUUCAAUAUAACAUAAAAUGUAGCAUAAAAUUAA